AUGCGCCGGCUCGCUAUCCGUGGCAGCAUUCUUGCGACGUGCUGCAAUCGUACCCAACAGGAAAGGUUUCACAGUUCGUGCCCACUUGUUUUACUUGCUUUAUCUGGUCUGGCAUUCUCAGCGUCUGAUUUCUCUGCUGUACAGAGCAACACAAGGCGCGCCCGAUAUUCAGGGUUCCAUUCAUCUCCUACAAUGAGCAGCCUGAGUCCCCCCACAAGCUGCGCCUCCACUUCGGCUGGUGCCCACUGCGGAACACAACAUGAACAGCAUAUUCCUAACUUUCUGCCGGGCGCUGACCGGACGAAGCCAUUCAGCCGCGUGCUUCUUGGCGCUGGCUGUUUCUGGGGCGUAGAAAAGUUAUUCAGGAAGGAAUUCGCAGGCCAGCUUCGGGCGACGACAGUUGGCUACGCAGGGGGAACUAAGGACCACCCCUGCUACAAGGAAGUGUGCACAGGGCGUACGGGGCACUAUGAGGUGGUUGAAGUCCAGUUUUUCGAAGACAAAAUUACUCUCUCAGAUUUGCUCCGGUUCUUCUGGCGGAUCCACGACCCAACAACCAUGAACAGGCAAGGCAAUGAUGUCGGACAGCAGUACGGGUCAGCCAUCUUCGUCUACUCGGCCGAACAUCGGCAGACUGCUGAAGAGGUUCGGGAUGAAAUGCAGAGACAGUGGGCUGGGCGAAUCACCACCCGCAUACUAGGCGGCAAUUCGAACGAUCCGUGCGUGCAGUUUUGGAAAGCAGAAGAUUAUCACCAGUUAUAUCUUAAACAUAAUCCUGAUGGUUACUGCAAUCAUCGCGUGCGUUUCUAA